AUGGCAACACUUAUAUUUCCUACGACAUUCUCAGAUAUGAAAGACUUUCUGCCAGAUUUUCUGGAGAAUCUUUUAGCAUUACGGCAUACAUUAAUAGAUCUGGUUAAGAUGAUAAGGAUAAUCGCUCAAAAACGACUAAAUAUGCCAUCUCUGCCAUCAUCGCCUUUACACAGUACCACGGAUUCUCCUCCUUCUAUGAAAAAGCAAAAGCAAGAUCCUUUCGGAAUUUUAGAUAAUUUGUACUAA